AUGGCUGGAGAUAUAGUCUAUGCUGAUAUUAAAAUUGAUGGGAAUUUUUCUUUAGAAAAUUCAUCCUCACUUCAGAAAUCUGAUCUUCACCAUCAUGGAAUUUUCCUGAAAGUUGGAUGUGCAAUGAUCAUCAUCCUCUUUGUAACAGUAAUUGUGCUGAGCAUUUUGGUUACCCAGUUCAAAUCUGCAAGACAUAAUACAGUGGAAAAUGAAUCAAAAGAGAAAUUCUGUACUGGGGAAAAUAAAUCUAGAACAAUCACCUCAACAGUUUCUUUCAACUUUUCCACUGUUCAUAAAUCAUGCCCCUCUAAAGACUGGACGCUACAUGGGGGAAAAUGUUACUGGAUUGCUGAAGAUAAGAAAUCUUGGGAUGAAAGCAAAAAUGACUGUGCCAUGAAAAAUUCACAUCUCAUGGUGAUUCAAGACCUCAUUGAUAUGCUUUCUUGCAGUUUUAAUCCCAUAUUGUGUGACAAGAAAGAGUCAUCUGAUGUUGUUGGAAACUGGUUUUCAAUUGAAGAAAAACGGAUAACCCGGAGCAUGAAAUGUGCCCAGGUGUCUCGUAGUAAAGUAGCCAGACAAAACUGUGAGCAAAAUGAUCGAUGGAUUUGUCAACUCUAA